AUGCCAGAGGAUGACGCUGCAGCUACCUCGCAAGCCCAAUCUGUCCCCGGCUUUGCCACCCGAUUUCCAUCCGUGCCCGCUCCAAUCAAAAGUGUCUUCGAUAAGUUCCCCUUGAGAACCUAUCCUCCAACGGAACUGCCCCAACGCAUUCCACGUCAAUCAGAUAAGAACUCUUUGUUCGUCUUUACUACAACCAAGGGGGCGCGACGGGGAGCUCCAUCGUUCAACCCGCAAUGUUUAAAGUGGCAGGCGUACCUCAAGUUCGUUGGCAUUGCAUUCGAGACAGUUGCGUCUAAUAACCAUGCAUCACCAACUGGUUCUCUUCCAUUCCUUCUCCCAGCGCUGUCUUCCGUUGCCACUUCCGUUGAUCCACUGCUGCCAAUUCCUUCGAACAAGAUCCAAAAGUGGGCUAUUGAACAAACCCAUGUCAAAGAUGACCAGCAGCUAAGUUCGCGAUUUGACGUGUACAUGUCUCUUCUGGACCACAGAGUACGAAAUGCCUGGGUGUACACCUUUUAUAUAGACAGCCAAAACUUUAACAACAUCGGGCGAAAACUGUAUAUUGAUCCGUCGACCUCAAACACCAUUGUUCGAGCUAUGUUGGCCCACCAACUUCAGCAAGCUGCACGUAACGAACUCCUCAAAUCAUCCUCAUUUAUAGACGUGGACGAUCUCGAAGCGGAAGCCAAAAGCGCAUUCCAAGCACUAUCUACUUUAUUAGGAGAAGAUAACCACUUUUUUGGAAAUCUUGAACCCGGACUAUUUGAUGCUAGUGUAUUCGCUUAUACUCAUUUAUUACUAGAUGAGCACCUGGGUUGGAAACACAAUCCUCUGGGACGAUACCUCAGAAAACAUCCAAACCUUGUACAACAUCGGCAGCGGUUACUGGAAGCAUACUUUUAA